UGUCACUGAUUCUUCCAAUCUCGAGGAAGCUCAAAUUAUCAAACUGACAUGAUGCAUCUAUGUAGACCCUACAUUUUCAUUUGACCAAACAUAAACCAAUUAGGAUUAAACCAAAUAUAUAUACAAUUUUCAAUGUGAUUUCCUCUGGAAUUUAGUGAAUUCUAUUUUUGGGAUGUCUGAACUUUUUCUGCACUAGACACCACCUAAUAAUUCAGCUUCAUUUUUCUAUUCUAUAAGAUUCACGGGUUUGAUUCCCUCUAAUUUUUAACUCUCCCUUGUUUCUGAUUAGCAAUCUGUCCCAUACUACAAAUUUUCAACCUUGCCUUCUUCAACAUUUACUCUUUUGUUUUGUCCUGAACUGCUCCAUUAACUAAACUACUCAUGUCUGUCCUUUGUUUUGCUUCAACUUCUUUUUCAGUUCUACUCAUUUCUUUGUCUGUUUUCUUCAGAACUUCAUCAUGCUUAGCCAUUCUUUCAGUUGAUUACUAUGCAAAAUCUUGCCCCCAGUUAGAGCAGCUUGUUGGCUCAGUCACCUCUCAGCAAUUCAAAGAAUCACCUGUUUCUGGACCUGCCACCAUUCGUCUUCUCUUCCAUGAUUGCUUUGUAGAAGGAUGUGAUGCUUCAAUUUUAAUAGCAUCAAAGCCUGGAAGCAAGGAAUUGGCUGAGAAAGAUGCAGAGGAUAACAAAGAUUUGAGGGUGGAAGGCUUUGAGACUGUGAGGAAGGCCAAGGAAAUAGUGGAGAAAAAGUGCCCUGGCAUUGUGUCUUGUGCAGACAUUCUUGCAAUUGCAGCCAGAGAUUAUGUUCACCUGGCAGGAGGACCCUAUUACCAAGUGAAAAAAGGAAGAUGGGAUGGAAAGAUCUCAAAGGCAUCACGAGUGGCCCCCAACAUCCCACGUGCAAACUUCACCGUUGAUCAACUCAUCAAGCUCUUCAACUCCAAAGGCCUAGCCACACAAGACAUGGUCACUCUCUCCGGCGCCCACACAAUCGGGUUCGCCCACUGCAACCACUUCGUGACCCGACUCUACAAUUUCAAGGGCACGGAUCAACCCGACCCGGACAUGGAUCCGAAGUUGGUUCACGCUCUGCGACUGUAUUGUCCGAACUCCGGUGGAAACUCCGACAUCGUUGCCCCGUUCGAUGCUACUACACCUUUCGUGUUUGAUCAUGCGUAUUACAGUAACUUGCAGAAGAAGAUGGGUUUGUUGGGUUCAGAUCAAGGUUUGGCUUUGGAUCCACGAACGAAGGCGAUGGUUGUGGAUCUUGCGAAGGAUAAGCAGCGGUUUUUUCAGGCUUUUGUGGCGGCUAUGGAUAAAUUGAGUUCGAUUAAAGUGGUGAGAGGGAGGAAACACGGGGAGAAAAGAAGAGAUUGUAGCGUGCAGGGGUGAAAAAUAAAAGAAGAGAUUGUAGUGUGCAUGGGCGAUUCCUGUCUCCCUAGCUGCCAAAUAAUCUCAUUGGUAAGAGUUAGGGAGCAUAUGGGUUAGGUGGGGAAGGUCUAGGAAUCAAACUCUGACGGGUGCAAAUUAUAUUUCUUAUGUAAAAAAAAAAACUCACAUCAACUUUCUUUCUAACCCUCUUCAAUUAGUUAAAAUUCACACAGGGCCUAAUAAAUUAUAUGGCCCCACAACCAAUUUGACGAGACUCAUGCAUUUUAAUCAAUCAAAAAGAGGGUGACCAAGUGAACAUUGCUUGUA